AUGAAUAGUGAUUCGGAUAAUGAAAUGGAAAAUGGAAUGGAAGAAGAAGAAGAAGAUAUUGAUAGUGAUUUAGAUGAUGUUGAACUUCAAACAGCUUUUAAAGAAGGUCUUCUUAAACCUGGUUUAAACAUCGAACAAAAACCUAAACGACCAUUAAUCAACAACAAAGAAGCACUUACUGCUAAAUAUGCUGAAAUCUAUCUUGAUUUACCAUGGGGUGAACGACUUGAUUGUACGAACACUCCAUUAGUUGUUAAUGAAACUAAUUUACCUGCAAAUGAUGAUGAAGCACUUGCUGAUAAUGAUUUUAAACGCGAAAUGCUUUUUUAUCGUCAAGCUCAAGCAGCCGUUCUUGAAAGUAUUCCUCGGUUAAAAGCAGAAAAAAUUGCAACAAAACGACCUGAUGAUUAUUAUGCACAAAUGGUCAAAUCCGAUGAACAUAUGAAAAAAAUUCGAGAAUAUUUAGUUAAUCGUAAAUCUGAUAUUGAAAAACGUGAAAAAUUACGUAAAUUACGUGAACAAAGAUUAUAUGGUAAAAAAGUUCAACAAGAAGUUUUACUCAAACGACAAGAAGAUAAAUCAAAAUUACUUAAAACAAUGAAAAAAGUUCGAAAAGGAAAACAAGGUGGUAUGCAAGAAUUAGAAGAAACUCUUGGUGAUCGAAAGAAAAAUUUCGGAAAAUCAAAUGAAAAUGAUUAUAAACGAAAUUCAAAAAACAAUCGUAAACUCGAAUAUAAAAAUAAAAAAUUUGGUUUUGGUGGUCGAAAGAAGAAUAUUAAAAAAAAUACCGCUGAAAGUUCAGCUGAUGUAUUUAAUAAAAAAUCUACUAAAUGGCAACGUCCAUCAUUUCAUGCACAAAAAGGCAAAAAGGGCAAACAAAAACCAUCUCGACCUGGUAAAACUGCUCGUCAAAAAGCACGAACAAACAAAUAA